AUGAGAUAUAUUGUUUUAGACUUAUCUAAAAAAUGUGCAAAAAUAAGGAUUCAAAAGAGACAUUUUACAGAAAAUACAUGUUUCAGAAGAGAUCCUCUUCGUAUAUUAUUCUUUGGAACAGAUUAUUUUAGCACUUUUUCGCUUUUAUCUCUUAUUUCAUUAUACCAAUCAAACAAAGCAAUAUUGGAGAAAAUAGAGGUUGUUACAUUAUCUGACUCAAAAAUAGGAAGAAGGAAUAAAAUUUUGUAUAAAACACCAGUAAAAUUAUUAGCUAUGGAAUAUAAUCUUAAAAUUCAUGAGGUAGAAAAUGGAAAUAUGCAAAAAAUUAGUGAUAUUAUAUGUAAUCAUAAAGAAAUGUUUAAUCUUGCAAUUGCAGUUUCAUUUGGACAUUUAAUACCUUCUUUAUUAUUAGAAAACAUAAAAUAUGGUGGAAUAAAUGUUCAUCCAUCGUUUCUUCCAAGACAUAAAGGACCUGCGCCACUACACCAUACUUUAUUAAAUAGAGAUAAAUAUACAGGAGUAACAAUUCAAACACUACAUCCUUAUAAAUUUGAUCAGGGAAAAAUUAUAAGUGUAUCAAAGCCGUACAAAAUUGCAGAGAAAGAAACUCUUCAAACCUUAUCUAAAACACUUUCUAAAAUAAGUGCUGAAUUAUUAAUAGAAGUACUCUUAAAACAGGAAUAUUUAAAUUUUAAUAAAAACAUACGGAAUAUUUAUGAACCUUCAUAUGCAAGAAAAAUAAAGAAAGAUGAUGAAAUAAUUAAGUGGGAUAAAUGGACUUCAGAUGAAAUUGAAUUAAGAAAUCGCAUAUUUGGGAAAUUACAAUGUCGAUUCAAGUCAUCAAAUAAAGUAGUCAUUUUAAGCGAUAUACAGAUAAUUAAUGAUACGGAAGAAAGAGUUUAUGGAUGCUCCGGUUUAUAUACUUGUUCUAAAAAUGAAUUACAUGUGAGGUGUCUAGAUGGACGUAGUCUUAAAAUUGGUAAGAUUAAAAUUGAAGGGAAAAACUGGGUAAAUGCCAAAGAAUGGUCAAUGACAUCAUCUAAAAAAAGCGAUUAUUUUAUAUAA